UCCUUUAGUUACCCCCAGGUUGUUACGCCCACUUCUCCUGUUGGCCCAGAAUUGCAAAAUUACACCUCGUCCACUGCAGUGGUCCGGAUAUUUUUUGUCAAACCCAAUUCGAACGAAAACAUGCUGCGACACAGUGCUUAGAAUUAUCGAAAUGACUCGUUUAAUACGGGGGCGCAGGCACAUAAUUAAUGUUAUGUCAUGGAGUCAUUGAUUUGGAAGUUGCCCUUGUGAUUGAAGAUGUCAUCAGGAUUGAGACACAUUGCCACUGAACCUGGCAGUCUGAGCAACUACAAACACUACAAGUCGAUGGAGAAAAAGAAAGGCAGCACGGCUGUCAUCCGGCCGGUAGCCAAAACCUCCGCUGGGCACAACUCGGACUCAGAUGGCAGUGCGGACACUAAUAGUCUGUCGGCGGACUCGAACAAUGACACAUUUGUCAGAGUGCCAUCUAAAGAGGGGAACAAUAGCUCCAAAGCGGUGGUCAGGAGGGCGUCCGAAUGGGAAAUACUCGAAGGGCUGAAGGAUGGACAAAGGUUCGACAAGAAGCCGAAACCCUUUGAAGGUUAUUUACACAAAAAGAGGAAGUGGCCUUUGAAAGGAUGGCAUAAGCGAUAUUUUGUUCUGGACAAAGGAAUUUUGAUAUACGCCAAAGGACCUGGGGAAAUAGCCAGGGGGAAACAUCACGGCUCCUUGGACAUAGGGCUGUCAGUGAUUUCAAGCAAGUUGAAAAGACGCCGAAUUGAUAUCGACGCAGAAGAAUUCAUUUACCACCUCAAGGCAAAAACUUUGGAGACGUUCCAAGAAUGGGUAGAGCAGUUGAAGUUGCAUCGUCUCUACCGCCAGCACGUUUUGACCUUUGGCACGCGCAAUUUGCCUCUGGUGCAGUCAAGGAAUUCACCUGACGCGAGUCCCCUGAAUCCCCCGCAGAGUCCUGUGGCGGCGGCACCUGCGGAGGAAGGCCACAAUGCUUCCUCCACUCAGCCACCAUCGACCUCGACCACGUCGUCUGCUUUGCAGCAAUCUCAUUCUCGAAUCGCCAACUGGAUCAUGGAUUCGCCAGCCCUGGACACCAUCCCCAAAGAGCUCUCAUUGGUCCAGCAGAAUCUGGUUCAACUGAGUCUCAUUUUGGAGCAGGUUGAACAACUUCCCACCGGCUCGGAACACCCAGAGACGGCAGAUGGGUGCUCUCCCAAUGUCAAGAAGGACAGAAGGAAAUUUGGGCUGCGCAAAAAGAAGAGUUCCAAGGGCAGUGCAGCUGAUUUGGCUGGGAGCAGUCCCAAUAAAGCCACACAAAAUGAAACAGAACCUCCAAACUCUGGUGGAUUACCUCAAAUGGCCCAUCUGAGCAGCAGCAAUCCGUCAUUGCCGUGUGCCGUUUUGACUGCCACUAGGCCUCAAAGUCUGCCUGGAGCGGAGCAUCUGCUUUCUUUGAAUAUGCCGGCGGAAAACAGAGGUCACACAACGCCUGACUUCCAUUGUCGGGAAGACUUUGUCAUUCUCGCCAAAGAUAUUCACAUUAAUUUGAAGGAGGUAGCUCAGACCAUGCUAGUGGAAAGAGAUCGGCUGAAGCAAGCUAUGGAGCUUGAUAGUAGUUUUCUGACCUUUGGUAGUUCUGGAAAUUCUCAGUUGAUUGCUAAUUUGAAAAGUUCACUAGCCUCGGCCGUUCACCAAAACAAAGAACUCAAAAACAGGCUGAAUAAAAUACACGAAAACUCUGAUCUGAGUGACGUAUCAUCGAUCGCCCAGUCUGAUCAAGCUGCUAAACAUCUCCAGCAAUCAUUAUCAUAUAGCAGUUCAUGUCUGAGCGCUAGUGAAUUUUUCGAUGCACAGGAUUUCCAAACAAAUCUAAACUUCAGCGAGACUUCUUCCGAGGCAAGCUUCAGCUCGGAGGAAGGCUCGGUCGUUAGCGAGACCAGCGAGGUUGGAACGGACAACACUCCAGCUCAAAGCAUUCCAGACGAAGAUGAUGAUCAGAUGAUGCCAAAAUUCCACACUGGCCGGAGAACCAAGCUGCCAGCGCCAAGGCCAGACCUGGAGGGCCUAUCCCUGUGGAAUUUGCUUUGCAAGAACAUCGGCAAAGACCUGUCCAAGGUGUCGAUGCCUGUGGCCCUGAACGAACCCCUCAGCAUGCUGCAACGCCUGUGUGAAGAGCUCGAGUACAGUGAGCUCUUGGACAAGGCAGCAGACAUCGACGACCCGUACGAGAGGAUGGUCUGCGUUGCCGCCUUUGCCGUCUCCGGCUACGGCUCCUCGUACUACCGAGCUGCCAGCAAGCCGUUUAAUCCUAUUUUGGGAGAGACCUACGAGUGCAUCAGAGAAGACAAAGGCUUUAGAUUUAUUGCGGAACAAGUGUCUCAUCAUCCUCCCGUGAGUGUGUGCCAUGCUGAGUCAAAAAACUUCAUAUUUUGGCAAGAUGCACGUAUCAAAACGAAAUUCUGGGGCAAAUCAAUGGAAUUCCAGCCAACUGGCACCGUGAAUAUCAAGUUUCCGAGAACAGGCGACACAUACAAGUGGAACAAAGUUACAACUUGCGUGCAUAAUGUGUUCGGUGGACAGCGUUGGGUUGACCAAUACGGCGAACUCAACAUCACCAGCAGUAAAAACAUCACUUGCAAGCUCACGUUUGUUAGGUCGAGCUACUGGUCGGCUAAAAAGCAUGAAAUCUACGGAAACAUAACAAACGAGGAUGGGAAAGUUGUGAGGACCUUGUUUGGCAAGUGGAACGAAGCAAUGUACUGCGGGGUUGCGCCGUCUGCCAAGUGCAUCUGGAGACCAGGAACAAUGCCUGAAGAUUACGAGCUUUAUUACGGUUUUACCAGAUUUGCAAUGGAGCUGAAUGAGAUUGACGGUGAAAUGGUAAAAUAUUUGCCUUGUACAGACACCAGAUUUAGACCGGACCAGAGAUUGCUAGAGGAAGGCAACCUGGCAGCUGCGGAGAACAUGAAAAUGCAGUUGGAACAAGCGCAGAGAGAAAGACGCAAGCGCCAAGAUGAAGAGAAUGUGCCUCGUUGGUUUAAAUGCCACAAUUCAAGCAAUAAUGAAGAAAUAUGGGAGUACAACGACUUGUAUUGGGUCAAGCGUAAAAACCCUGGUUUUGUGAACCUCAACAUUCCUGCCCUUUGGUGAUUAGCAAAAGUCUCGAUUUCUCUUUCAAUUUUUCUUGUUUGCCUGUAAACCAAGAUAGUAUUCCUUAUUUCGGUCUGACUGAUUGAUUUUUGACGAAAGAACAUCAAAUCAAGGCAUAAUUUUGAUCGACGUUGCUAUUUCGUAAAACUGUUAAUUAAGUGCAAACAAUCAAUUUUGCUCAAGAGCAAAUGUUUCAAAACCCAGCAUGUCCAGGCUAACAGUAGUGAAAACCCUGUUCUUGACUCAGCUUAUUAUGUGCUAAAUAUGAAAUGCAUUUCCUAUAUAAUCGUCAAUUAUUUACAAAUAUUACUAGUUGAUGCGCUGAUUUGAGCUGGAGUUGCAUAGAAUAAUUUAGCAAGAGCGUGGCAGUAGCAGAGGACGGAUUGUUUCAAUUUCAAUAUAUGAAAAGAAUUCUCAAUGAUUACUUAUGUAUCAACAACAAGAUAUAAUGCUUGGUUUGGGCUGUUUGAAGGUGUUGCAAGCAUUCGUGAAAUUUCAAGGCUGUGUGAAGCUGAAUUUGACAUUUAUAUCAUGUGUCCUUAAUAUUGUUUCCACCGAAAUGAGCUAACGCGUGUUUGCACUCAAUUUAAACCUUUUUUAUGGUUGAAAUACAGCCGUAUUUUUUUCUUCGCCGUUGGUUGAUCCAGCUGGAUACUCCUUGAUCUUUGUGCCUGAUUUCUGAUUGUUGAUAUUACGAUGAUAACGUUAAGAUGUUGAUUUUCUUCCACGUGCAGUGGUGACAUUGGAAACGCGAGUGAUCUUGAUGCAAUCGUAUUAUAUAAAUAUUAUCUUAAGUAGGAAAGAUUUUUGGUGCUAAUGAUGCAUUGCUUAACAAGUAACACUGCAGUCGGUUGAAAAUUAGUAAUAAUUAGACCUUGAAUGUGAGCUAAUCGUGUAAUUUUAGUUACGAUUAGUAAAACCACUAAUAAGAUCGUUUGCCUCCUGCUUAAUUUGUUCCUUUGCAAACAAUUAAAGUUAACUGCCGCUUGUAAAAAAUUGCAAACUGGAAUUGAUUUAACAAAACGGUAAAGUGAGCGCUUAUUAAUUGUACAACCUAACGUACUCCUCCUGGCUCUGCUUCGGUAGAGUGGUGUCACUAUUAUUUUAACUACUCUUUUGGGCUCUGGAAGUUAAGCUUGUUAAGUUGUUAUCGAAGGAGCCUAUUAGAAUUUCAUCUUCACUCUCGAGAGUAACAAACUUUUUACCUGAUUUUAAUUAUAAUUUAAACUGUAUAGAUCGUUAUAUUUUACUGUAUGUUUUCGCGAACCAAUAAAAUUUUGCCAUAGACACGCUGA